UCAUCGACUAAUCAAAGUAAGACGAUUCAACUAAAUUAUAUUUACGAUGUGCCGUUCGAAGUGCUUGUAUGGGUUAAGAUAAUCUUAAAUGGUUAUUUCGUUAUUUUUAUGUCAGUGACUGGAGUUAUAGGAAACAUUUUAAUCAUUAUUGUUGUGUAUCGUCAAGGGUUGAAGGAUACACCUCAAAUAUUGAUGAUGUCAUUAGCAGCAUCGGACGCCCUCUUUUCAACAGCUACUCUAGUGAUCCAUUUUCCUGAAAUUAUUUUUAAUGUUGAUUAUUAUCUGGCCACAACAUGUUUGACUUACACUAAAGUGUACGUUUUCGAAAUGUAUUAUUUUACUCUUGUUCUGAGUUUCUGCACAUUUCCACUCAUCUCAUUUGAGCGAAUGAUUGCUGUGUAUUUUCCUUUUCAGGUAUCUAGAAUUUGCACACCUUUCCGCAUAAAAUGUAUACUUUUGUGUUUGUAUGUGUAUUCAUUGGCAGCGACUAUAGUUACUGCCUUUUUUGCUUACCCUCUCUGGUUACAAGAUCCAUCAAGUAACAAUUCCUAUGCUGUACCUGCUCUAACUGAUUUUGUACUAAAUAAUUUUGAAGGAAUGAUUUUAUAUGAAACAAUAAUUUUAAUGUACCUACUCUCAAUUAUUCCAGUAUCUCUAACAACGAUUUGUUGUUUAAUGAUCAUUCUAAGAUUGGUACGAAAUUCAAGGUCACGUUUGUCACAAACCAAAAUCAAAACCAAGAACUCUCGAAACGUGCAAGUUGUUAAAAUGUUACUGACAGCGUGUAUCAUGUCUUGUCUCUCAAGUAUUCCCACUGUUGCCAUUGACAUAUUUAGUCAAGAAAGAUAUCUGCAAAUAGGCGUUAUGUCACAGAACUAUUCCAUUCUCUUGCAGACAUUAAAUCAGAUAUUUUUUCAACUAAGCCCGACUUCAAAUUUUUUCAUUUACUUAUUCAUGAGCUCAAAAUUUUCAGCAACAUUCAAGAAAAUGUUUCAGCAUAACCCGAACAAAUUGCGUUAUUGA